AAUGAAUCCAAACUUACUAAAUGACUUGUUGUCUGUUUGUAGGACGAGCUUGAAGGCGAUUCGUGGGGAGACCUGGUCACCAACCUGAAAACCAAGAAAAGAGCAGAGGAACUUGAGAAUCAAGGACAGAGUGUUAAUGCUUAUGACCGAACCCUGCUGCUCGGUGGCUCUGUAAAUGGCAUGAUUGUCUUGUUUGACUGGCAGAACGAAAAGACUCCCGGCAAAGUGUCCUUUCAAAUUGAGGCACACAGAGACGAGGUGAUAACCAUAGUAGCUAAUCCAGUAGUUGAUCAAGUCAUCUCCGCUGGUCUGGACCGCGUGAUCAAGAUUUGGCGCCUUUACCCAUUCGCUCAGGAGGCCCUGGCCCCUCUGAUGACGUUGUACUGUCAUGAGACCCCCAGACUCCUGUCCGUGGCUCACCACAAACUGUGCGCCGCAUUCCACGAACCAUCCACAGCUUCAUAUAACAUUGUGGUCUUUAAAACCACUCAAAAAAAACGGUUUGAUCAUAGCAGUGAUUCUGAUCACAUGGAUGACGUCACGGGAUUGACCAGCUGCUCCAAGAUGAGGCUGUUUGCGUCAUGCAGUGCUGAUGGCUCCGUGAGAAUCUGGGACGAGGCCAAUAGACUCUUGCGUGUCAUCAAACUGAAUGCCACUCCCACCAGCAUUUGUUUCUGUAGUCAGAAAGGUGACCUGAUUGUGGGCAUUGGCAAACAUCUUCACAAAAUCAACUACGCUUCUUGUAAGUGUUCAAAAUGUUUUGAAAGUACAUAAAAACGGGCUAUGUUGCUGCUGCCGUUGUUGAUUACUUCAUGACAUCUCUAUAUUGGCUUUUCUAUUGCUCGGCCAAUUACAACCAACUUAGUCUGAACAGUCAGUGCGACAUGUAACUGGCAGAGAAGUCGCGUACCCAUAGAUUGCAUACAUUGCGCGCUUGUUUUCUUUGAUUACAAACUGAUAUCAACCUCAGUAAGAUAUUGAGGA